AUGGUUGCUGUACUUGGAAAUAUUCUGGUGAUCGUUGCAGUGUACAAAACUCGUAGCCUUAGAACUAGUACUAAUUACUACUACGUCAACAUGGCCAUUUCUGAUUUCCUCUCAAGCCUCACCAUUUGGCCGCUUUAUCUUUCAAACGAGAUCAUAACGAGCAGAGGAAGUCUGCUUAAAGGGUCUCUGGCCACUGCUGGUUGCAAAGUGGGAGUAUUUUUCAGAAUGACGUCAGUUAUUGUGUCAAUACUGAGCCUGGUGUUGAUCGCUGUUGAUAGAUUCAUCGCUACCGUGUUCCCAUUAAAAUCAACGUUGGUCACUGGGAAAGUCAGAACAUUUCUGCUGUUUGCGACAUGGACGAUAUCAAUGGCAUACUGCUUCCCGAUGCUGUAUUAUUCCAGAGCCGAAGACUUUGGUCAAGAAACUUAUUGCAAAUUUGCAUGGAAUAGCAGUGCUCUCAUGAUAUAUUACAUUACUGGUUUGGCGUUGUUUGAGAUCGCACCAAUUAUUGCCAUUGUCAUUCUUUACUCGCGGGUUAUGAGUGUUUUGCAAAAAAGGAUUAAACCAGGAACUGGUGCGAGAGACAACAGUUCUUAUCAAAAUCGGAGAAAUGAGCAAAACCGAAACAUUUUGAAGAUAUUCAAAUCAAUUGUUGUUAUGUUUUUUAUUUCUUUUUCUUUCUUUUUCGUUUAUUUGAUUCUUAAGAUGACAUUUCCUGAACUUUUCGUCAAAGACAAAUGCAAGUGGAUUCUUGGGUUCGCUUAUUUUUUGUUUCCGUCGCUUAGUUCGGUAAUUAAUCCAAUUAUUUUGUUUGCAUUCAGCACGAAUUUCCGUCAAGCCCUGCGUAAAUUGUGGAUGUUUUCUCUCCGGAGAUUCUUCUUCUGUGGCAGAAAAGAGAAAAGUGAACGAGUUGAAGCUGGUGCCCUUCCAGCAGAAGAAACUGGAUUUAAGUCAAUGGCGCACUGAAUAUAUAUGAACGAGGGAUUUAAUUACAGCGAUACAAGUUUGCAGAUUUGUUUAAAACAUUUAUGUCAUGAAAUUACUUUUGAUUUCCUACGGAGAUUUUUAAAAAUUAAGUUGAGUAAUAUUCUUAAGAUACCUUGGUCCGCGUUUUAUCACUUAAUUUUAGCACAGCUUCUUGAAUAAAGAUGUCUAUUAUUUUUCCUUCAGACAGAGUCUUGAAAAAGAUCACGUUUGCUUUCAAGUAACGUACUAUGUCCAGGACUUAUCAUACAUGGAAUAUCUCACACACACUUCCAAAUUAUGUAAUGAUAUUUUGCCUUUGUUCAAAUUACGCUUUUGGCUCACACUUCUAAAUCACACAAUAUUUGAGAGCACUUUUUGGUUUUAUAAAACUAAAACCAAAGUACUCACGACGGCCAAUCAAAGGGAAAGAAAAUAACCCUAAGAGCCAAUGAGAACUCAAAGUAAAAACUACCAAACUGCCUGCAACGGGGAGAACGUGGGCGAUCAAUUCAUGAUUGGUUUUAGUUUUGUAUCUGAUUAGUUGAGAAGGUGGUGCAAGUUUUCUGGACCAAUCACAGAGUGAAGAAAAGCAAAACCAACACAAUCUCGGAUUACUUACGACACUCAAUUGAACAUUGUUCCUUGCUUCUAGCGUACACCUCCAAAUCAUACAGACUUAAAUUGUACUUUGACACACCCUCCAAGUUGCAUUAGAACUCUUCCUUGUGGAACACACUCGAAAUUACAUUAAGGUUCCCUUAUGCUUUAGGCAAACACUCCCAACUCAUAUCGCUCUUAAGAGACACUUCUACAUCACACAAGAUAUUACAUUAGAGUACACACUUUAGAAUCACACAAGAGAUUUUGCUCCUAACAGACUGUUUCACACAAUCACACAAGAGUCUGUUGUUUGAACGGCGGAGUUUGACCGAAAAUUCUCUCUGAUUGAGAAUUUUCAAUGAAUAAUCAUGGAGUUUCCUAAAGUUCAUCAUGAACCAUGGCCACCUUGAGGUCAUUGGCUAUGUUAACAAAACCACCAAUGCAUUCACUCAUUUUCAUUUUCAGCCUUUUGUCUUUCUUGACGUCAGUCAUGUGAAGUACACAAAUGGUGAGGUCAUCGUAGAAUCGGAAAUAAAGCGAUUUUGUCGUCAAGUCUUUGACAACAGACCAAACAGUGUAAUCAAAGGACGUUCCGCGGGGUAUAUCGACGGUAUUCAAGAUGUGAAAAGCUUUGAUAACUGCGUCUUUGCCUGUCUGGACUUGAUCGGAAAAAUGAGCCAUGACAGCCGCGCGUACAAAUCUUGAUGGCGGUGUGAAGUCACCGGGUAUUCCUAGGAGUCCACUUCCUUGGCCAGUAGCUUCGAACGUCAUUUUCUCAACACCAGAGAAUCAUGGGCCGAUUUGGAAAGUUCAACAUAAUUGCGGACGUUCAUUAGAUGGAAAUCAUAGGGCGGAGAGUUAGUUAAGAUGCCGAGAGUGUUGUCGAAUACCAUUCUCCCCUGUUCAGUAAACUCAAUAACGAUAGCAUCCCCACUGAGAAGCGUCCACGAUGGAAUAGUGAAGCUGAAGGAUUUUCUUAACCACUUCAGGAAGGUUAAACUCAAACACCAGAGGGAAAGCGUCCUUCUUCAAAGCAUCCCUUAAUUCCUGAACUGUCCCAAAGUUUCCAAGAAUCCACAAUGGAAGCUGCAAAGAAGACACCACUAUGUGGCAUUUUUCGACCGGUAUUUUCUGGAAAUGGGCGAAGCCAACGAAGAGGUUUGCAGCAACAGAAAGACCAGCUUCAUUUAAACCAUCGGUAGCUACGGGCAAGUCCAAAGCGUUGACGUAUGCAAUGCUAUAUUUAUUUUUCCACUGUAAAAGCGACUGGAAAUGAACAAUGCAUUCUUUCUUGGGAAACGCUGUAUGAGGAUACUGCUCAGGUUCUACAACUAGAUCAUACCCUACAUCGAAGAACUCCAUACUCCGACCGACAACCACCGAGUUAUCUUCGGAAGUCAAGCUGAAUUCGGUACAGCGUUUGUAACGAAAAGCCUUAGCAGCAGCACGAGGACCAUGGAAAGAACCUUCAUCAUCACAGCUCGCAAGAGGAGAUCUAAACCAACAAUUAAACCACAUAUAAUGUAGUUCUAUAUAAAUUUUUAUAGGAAAUUGCUGUCAGGUUUUGUGAAGAGGAAUUUUAACACUUAAACGCUACUUUUUACAAGGAUGUGUUUUUUAACUUUUGAAUAUAGACUUUACAGUAAAACUUUCCAUUACUAAUGAUAGGGUGAAAUGUUUUCACAUACACUGUAUCCAAUCAAUUAUAUUUACGUCUCCUCUCGGCUUAAUUACCAAUUGGCUUGUUCGUGUUGUUUCUUCAUUUGUUUCUAAUUGUUUAACCUCCUUGGAUGUUUUCACUGCCGUUUGAAGAUUAAACGACUUAAGUAGAUUAAGUAGAUACCUACCUCGUUUCCUUUCUUUUCAAGACUUUUAAAAUAGAAAUUUAAGUAUUCUUCUGAUGACGACAACCAAAGUAACGAGAAACUGUUUCAUAAACAGGAAGUUUUAAGGCCCUGAGUUGUGAUUUAUUAGAUGACGUCAGAUCGACGUACUUCAGGUAAAAAGUUUGGCAGGGCUUAGCCGCAAUGAAUUAUCAUAUGGAAAAUCAAGUUGGUUUUGUCUAUUAAAGUUUACUCUCUCAAGUUUGAGGCGCUUCGAAAUUUUCAAAAGUAAUUACUCAAGGCUUUUGUUUGAAUCUCUUACAUUUCUUCCACUAGGUAGAGAGACCCGGCUUUUGGGAACUUAGUAUUCCGUCUUAAAACUUUGCGAAGCCAGUUCAAUGCAAAAACUGGUCUCACUUCAUUGAACCUCCAUGGCUCUUGUACUGGAAAUGCAUUAACUUAUACCAAGGAUGCGGAUCAUAGAAGACACUGAGUCAUCGGAACUGACAAAUAAAUCCUUCAGGUUAAUAAACAUGUUGAAUUGCUUAGUUUCUCUGGCUUUUCGUCCACUUUUUAAAUUGAUUUCAAUCAGUGUUAUGGACAUUCUUCAGUAGAACUGCUGUUAAAACUAAUGCGGUCUAUAUUUGCAUACUCUUGUUUUUCCCGUUCAAGCAAAUCAGUCUUUACAGUAAUAAAAUUGUUCCAAACAUUACACAGGAAGUUAAUUCUCAACAUCCCUCAAGUGAUCCUUGGUAAGGGACCUUUUUCACCUAAACGAUGACAGAGUAUUAAUUUCUUUCUUCUACCCCACCGUUGAGCUACGUUUUCACGGGCAUGCGGUCCAUUGUAAGAGAGACUUGCUCGCGAGACAUCUUCUCUCUAUAACAAAGGCAUUGGUCUUUUCAAAGAACACGACGUGGCGAGUGAAAACUAGACUACUAACACCUACAGAAGACCAGUGGUGAAUACUUUGUUAGAAGAAAUAUAACUUUGAGUCCUGCGAGUUUUGGAGAAAUAUUACACUACGAUGUGUCGAUUUUGCGCCUUGAACUGAUUUUGCAAUUUGAAUGGCGUCAAAGAAAUCUCUAGAACUUCCGUUUUAUAUUUCAACGCACUCAAACUUGCGUAAUGCUCUCUGCGUAUGAUCAUGCAGUCCAACAUUGUGCCUAUUAUCAAAGUCACAGAAAUUAAUAACACCCUAUUACUCUGUCACAUUGGCUAGGUCUUUAAACUUAUCAGUGUGUCUGAUUUCCGCUACUCUACGUUCCUUUCUCUACUAGAUUGAACCAACCUCAGCACUACAACGCUAAAUUAAUGUCGGUAAAAUGAUAUUCAUGUCGAUGAACCAAGUCAUUCCAGUUUGAUUUAAACCCUAUACUCGUGUAAAUACUUUCUUUAGUCCAGUGAAUUUGCAUAUACAGCUGAUAUAACCAUGUCACAGUAUUUGAUAGUAUUUGAUAAUAUUCCCCUUUAAGCCAGGGGUCGUGACGCUAUUACGCUGCGCACAAUAAACUCACAAAAUAUCAAGAAUCACUUUUUUUAAACAGUUAACUCUUAGUUGUUUUUGUUUAACCUUUAUGACGACAGUCGAAGGAUCGCAGGUGUGGUGUCGAUAUUCUUUGUGUUUAGGCCUCCGUUCAGACCAAGAAAUGGAUAAUUCUAGUCGCUAUGUUCUCGAGAAUCAGUCCACUUGUUCUCCCAUCGUUUCUGCUUUGAUCACAACAGCUAUUUCUGUUGUUAGCAUUUUUGCGUUGGUCGGCAAUAUUUUGGUGACUGCAGUUUUUCUUACCAACAAAACCCUUAGGACAAGUACAAAUUAUUUCAUUGUUAACAUGGCCGUUGGGGAUCUAUUGUCCGCUGUGAGCACAUGGCCGCUGUACGCCACUGAGGGGAUGCUGUCAGGGAAACAUUUGAUCGAUGAUCCAGUAGCCACAGCUGUUUGUAAAAUAAGUCUGUAUUUCAGAGGCGUGUCACAGGUUAUUUCAGUUUUCAGCUUAGUCGGUAUAGUCGUGGAGAGGUUCGUUGCUGUAGUUCAUCCACUUAAGGCUAAAGUUCUGAUGGAAAAGACUCGACCCCGAGCUGUUUCAUUGGCACUGACUUGGAUCAUCCCGUUACUACUGGCUGUACCAUACCUCAGAUUCUUACGGAUCGUUAGGCUUAAUGAGAAUCAACCACUCUGCUCGCUUUCGUGGGAAGCGGAGAACCGCUAUGUAUUCUAUGCUAUUGGAUUUGUUAUGUUCUACUGUACCCCCCUGGUUUUGAUCAUCAUUCUUUAUACCAAGAUCAUAAAAAGUUUGAGGCGAUCAAGACGUGUCACUGAUGAGCAGGACCAAGCGCUGAAUAAGAUAAGAACAAGAAAUCGCAAACAAAACCAGAAUAUUAUGAAGGUCUUUGCAUCAAUUGUCGUGGUCUUUUUCGUCUGCUGGACUUCAAUUGUUGUAUAUCUAAUAUUACUUGAAGCAGUUUACCCAUCGCAAGACAGAGACUCUUGUUUGCUUGUACUAGGUUUGUUAUUUUACAUAUUGCCAUCUUUACCAGCAGCAAUCAACCCCAUAAUACUUUUCGUGUCGAGCACAAAUUUCCUUACUGCUCUGAAAGAUAUGUUCAAUCGUUUUUCGUGCAUAAAGUUGUAG